GGCAGGGGGGGCGGUCGCCCCCCCGGAAAAAAUGUUGGGGGGGCGACGCCCCCCCAAAAAUCAAGCUGAAACCUUUUGUGUAUUUUUCACUUAAAUCCACCACAAAUGCCAAUAAAGAAUCACUGCGUACGGCCAGGGCGUGCGGCACUGCGGUGGGAGAAGCAAGUUAUUUCGCGAUGCUUCCUCGUGAUAAGAAGAGGAGUCAUGUGACACGACAACGCACCAAAUAUGGAAGAAUCGGUGACUCUUUCGCCCGUAUUAUUCGGCGUACCUCGGAGCCUCUCGGAAAUUCUCGGGAAAAAGUCUAAAAUUCCCAGCGGCCAGUGCGGUCAGGGAAAGUUUAGCCCCGCGACUCUCGGACGUGUCCUCAUCAUGGCACCGAAAAGGAAAGCGGCCCCAGAGCGCAAGACGUCCAGGAAGAAACCAACAAUGUCUUCAAUCGAAUCAUUUUUCGCCCGUGUUCCUCAGCAAGAGAACAACAACAACAACGCCGACGAUUCCCGAAGGGGUGAGCUGCAAAACAAGUCGUCAGAUACAGAGACCACUGUCACUACACAGAUGACGUCAGCAGAGACGGAGAAGGCGCCGCCCACAGCCACUACUCAGAUGACGUCAGCAGAGACGGAGAAGGCGCCGACCACAGCCACUACUCAGAUGACGUCAGCAGAGACGGAGAAGGCGCCGACCACAGCCACUACUCAGAUGACGUCAGCAGAGACGGAGAAGGCGCCGACCACAGCCACUACUCAGAUGACGUCAGCAGAGACGGAGAAGGCGCCGACCACAGCCACUACUCAGAUGACGUCAGCAGAGACGGAGAAGGCGCCGACCACAGCCACUACUCAGAUGACGUCAGAAGAUACAGAGACGGAGACCCCGACGUCUGCUAAUUGUGACUGCAAAGGAUGUACCAUGAAAGGUCCUACUGCGUUUCAGCCAAAAGAUCCUGCAGUCCUCGGUACAUUUCAGAACAAGGGCAGAAAGUUCCUCUCCAGCUGGUACACGGACCGCGGGUGGGUCACACUGUGCACACAACGGCGCAAGGUGUUCUGUGCCACUUGUCGCUACGCUACACAACGUAAGCUCUUCGCCCUUUCUACUAAAGUCGAACCUGCCUUCGUGACAACCGGAUUCGAUAACUACAAAAAAGCAAUUGAUAAAUUUGACACUCACGCCGAGUCAGACGCACACAAAGAAGCCGUCAUGAAGUGCUCCGCUGUUAGCGGCCCAUCCAUCUCCAGUCAUAUCAACUCACAGAUCACAGGACAACAACAGCUACAUCGGGAUGGCUUGCUAAAACAGCUGACAGCCUUGAGGUACUUGUUAAGGCAAGGGCUUGCUGUCAGAGGUCACCUUGAUAAGGAUGGGAAUCUCUAUCACCUGCUUCAAACCUGGGCUGCCGACAGUGACGUUGUUCGGUCAUGGCUACAACAAAGCCGCUUCAUGUCCCAUGACACAAUCAAUGAACUGAUCACCCUCAUGGGCCAUAACGUGUUGCGCUCCGUCCUUGAACGCAUCAACGGCAAUGAUCCAGCGUGGUUCGCUAUCAUUGCCGACGAAGCGACGGAUGUUGCGUGCAACGAACAGCUGAACAUAAGCAUCCGUUACGUGGACAGUAACUAUGAAGUUCAUGAAGACAGCCUCGGUCUAUAUCAACUACCCUCCACAAACGCCGCCACCAUCACAAAUGCCAUCAAAGACACUCUGCUCCGGACAGGCAUUCCUCUUAAACUGUGCCGCGGGCAGGCGUAUGAUGGGGCGGCUAAUAUGCAGGGCCAUCGUUCUGGAGUGGCCACACGCAUAAGGAGCGAGGAGCCUGCAGCUGUUCCAGUGCACUGCUGGGCUCACUCUCUCAACCUAUGUCUUCAAGACGUCUGCAGACAAAUAGUGUCAAUUCGAGAUGCAAUUGACAUUGCAAAGGAGAUAGACAGGUUGAUCAACUACUCGCCAAAGAGAAAGACGCUGUUCCACCAACUCGCUGCCUCUGGAGACAACGACUCAAGUGGCACAGUCAAGCCUCUGUGCCCCACACGCUGGACAGUGAGGACAGAAGCACUGAACAGCAUUCUGAGUAACUACGGGACCAUCAUGGACACAAUGCACGAAGUGAACGUCACGACGAGAGAUGACUAUGGUCUAAAAGCGGGCGGUGUUCUCACGGCACUGGAGAAGUUUGACACCUUGUUCGCGAUACGUUUCGGCCAUCGCCUUUUCUCUGCAGCGGAGGAAGUGUCCAAAACGUUACAGAAGAAGGACCUAAGUGUUCAAGAAGCCGUUUCGUCUGUCAAUGCCCUGAAGGAACACUACGGUAGGCUGCGGACAGAUGAAGCCUUCGACACUUUCUUCAGCGCAACGGAGGAGACGGCUAGAGGGCUGGACCUCGGCAAGCCAGCCUUACCACGCUACCGGCGCCAGCCCAGACGGCUCGACGAAGGAAGUGAUCCACACCGGCAUGCGACCCCCAAGGACUUCUACCGUCAGGUGUUCUUCCAGGCGUGCGAUCUACUGAUCGGCGAGCUGUCACAGAGAUUUGAUCAGGACUUCCUCAAACCUGUUGUUGCCAUGGAGAAGGUCCUCCUAGAGGCUGCAAACGGCAAUGACUUCUCAGGCCACAUGGAUGAGGUCAUGUCUUCCGUAUUCGCGAACGACUUGGAUCAGCGCAAGCUUACCAUCCACCUCUCCAUGCUCCCAGACAUCGUCAAGCAGGAGCUUCCUGACGUGAAGAAGGUAACCAGCAUCCGCACCAUCUGCUCCGCCAUGUCAGCUGGGUCUCACCGCACAACAUUCUCACAGACUCACAAACUGCUCCGGCUAUACCUCACCAUCCCCAUUACGUCUUCAACAUCCGAGAGGGCGUUCUCGUCACUCAAGAGGCUCCUCACCUACCUCCGGUCGUCCAUGACAGAACAAAGGCUUAACAACUGUAUGUUGUUACAUGUGCACAAGGACAUUGUAGACACUAUGGACUUGAAUGCCAUCGUAACUGACUUUGUAUCUUUGAACGAAGAGCGUAUGCGCUACUUCGGAAAGUAACAUCUUAACGGAUACUAAAGUCAUAGAAUGCCAAAGUAAAUUCCACAGUCAAAGAUGUAAAAGACCAAAAAUGAAAGAUGUUUGUUCAGUAUACCAUACUAAAUGUACUU